AUGACUAGCGUAUCUACGAUUCAGGAUUCUAUAUAUGACGACUCUGACACGCCUUUCGACCCCACGCAUCCAUUGUUGUUCAGGCCAGUAAGGAGAGAUCUAUCAUUGAAUGGGAAUGGGGUUGCCCAUACCAAUGGAACUUCUCCACCUCCUCGUCCCGUAGCCGUUACAGCAACGACAGUAUCAAGUUUCACAACACCCCAACCACAAAAAGCCGAACUCCGAGGUCCGCCACCGCCUAUUCCAGCUCGACCACCGAAUCUUGCCCAAAAGGUAAUGGGUAAAUUUUUAGAGUCAGAGUUUGCCUCCUGCGGUACCUCUGCCCACUACGUCGUGGCAGGACACAUUGUUGGUCUCUGUGUCAUUUCUGCUGACAUGAGUAAUAAUAGCAUUCCAGGUGUGAAGCUGAGACCGCCUCGAGAUAUAACUCCAGAACAAAAAGCUGAAGAUGUUCAAAAACGCGAGUCGGAAAUCUUCCAAAGCAUCCAGGAAAAGCGAGAGCGUAUCCGACGGGAAGCUGAGGCGGAGUCUGAGAGACAGCGGAUUGAGUGGGAGCAGCAAAGUAAGCCUUACUUCAUAAUUACUUCUUCAUCAUAAAU